UUAUCAAAAUAUGAAUUUUUCAUGACAAGUUGUGGUAUUAUUUUAACAACAAUUGAACCUAGCCUUGGCAAUACACUCCCAAAAUUAUUCAAUGAAAUAAACUAUGAAAUAUUUGGAAAGGUUUGGGAAACUUUGAUUGAAAUAGUAAAGGAAGAAGACAGAAACUGGCUCACCGGCAUUGACUUGAAUAUUUGGAGUUUUGUUGUACUUUACAAAGCACCGUUCCGGUUGUUCCCAAUUUAAGUAGCUGAAAUGUAACGUUCAAUACAUCAAUCUCUUGCCGUCGUUUAUAUAUUGUGCUGUCCUGAACUUUUAUUUUUAAUCUUAAGUCACUUAUGCCAACGAAUUGAUUUGUACCGUGUCGAAAGCGUUUUGCGAGAGCCAUUACCAAAGAAGCAACUUUAUAUUAAUUUAUGUUAUGAUAUUGACGAAGUCUUGUGGACAAGACAUUAAUUGUGUGACUUUUCGUAACCACCAGGAAUUUUGUUGCUGAAAAGAGAGGAUUCAAGGGCUUUACAUCAAUACGCGCGUCUUUUGUUUGCUCUGUGUCUAAUUUAGUGACUGUCUAAAAAUUCACUUCGUAUUUCCUGGCGGCUUAUUUUGUGUUCAACUAUGGCUCACAGAGAUAGAUGUGUUUCCGAAAGCCGAAGUUCACCAUCAUUGGAUCUUCCAAAGAAGAAUCCAGUGCUAAGUAGAAAGCAUUAUUAUGGAUCUACUGAAAUGCUUUGCAACCCCAGAGCAGGAAAUGAAAGCAGUAGUAAUCAUUUCCGCAGUCCAUUAAGAUUCAGAGUAGAAAAUGGAGAGAUGGAUAAAGCUGACACAGAACAGCAUUUUGACAGUGUCAAAGGUAGUAUGGUUCAUCUUGAAAAUCCUGAGUGGCAGACAAGAUGGUAUUUUAAAUAUUUCUUAGGAAAAUUACACCAAAAUUAUAUUGGUCUGGAUGUGGAUAAGAAUCCAUUUGUGCUGUCCAUUUGUGUCACAGAGGAAGAUAAUUAUGCAGUCUUACAGUACAGAACUAUUUUGUGGAAGAGAAUGGGAAGUGAAAGAAGAUGUAUUCCAUAUGAUCCUGGAAAACCCCUUUCAUCUAAAACAAUUUUACAAAUGUGCUACAAUGUCAAAAUUGACAAGGGUCCAAAAGAAAUUCUAGUUCCAGAAAUACAAAAGGAACUUCUUGUUCUUGAAGAUCAAGAGGGUUCUGUUAAUUUUAAAUUUGGUGUUUUGUUUGCAAAGCAAGGUCAAACCACUGAUGAUGAAAUAUUAAGCAAUGAAAAAGAAAGUGACACUUUUGACAACUUUCUGAAGUUGCUGGGUGAUCGAAUUCUCCUCAAAGGAUGGGAGAAGUUUAGGGGAGGACUUGAUGCAAAGAGUAAUAUGACAGGUUCUACGUCCGUUCAUACGCAUUACGAAGGCCAUGAAAUCAUGUUUCACGUUUCAACACUUUUACCAUUCUCUGAUGACCCACAACAGGUUGAACGAAAACGUCACAUUGGCAACGACAUUGUAAAUAUCGUGUUUCAAGAAUGCGAAAGCCAUGAAAAACCAACAUUCACACCGUACGGAAUUCGGUCUCAGUUCACACAUAUUUACGCUCUCGUAACGUACUCAAGAUCUGAAGAUACUUACAGAAUCACAGUAUUCUCUGAAGUUAGCGUUCCAGCAUUUGGUCCGCCGUUACCAUCCUCUCCUGUUUUCACGAAUCGCCAGGAAUUUAGGGAAUUUCUACUUGUUAAAAUGAUCAACGGUGAGAAAGCGACACACCUUACUCCAACCUUCAGUAAACGUCGACAUCGAACGUUAGAAAUGCUUCUGAACAACUUGACCAACACUCAUUUAACGGCCGAGAAAACGAAAUCAAGGAGAUUUACAAACACUCUGUCGGACUCUACCAAAGCGAAACAACAUAAAGAAAAUGACAGGAGAGAGAAAUUUAUAUCAUUUGGCCAGAAACUGAAAGCGAACUUAAUAACAGCCGAGGUUCCAACACGUUUGGUGGACAACAGUGUGCGGAUGACUCGAUCUGAGCCAUGGGAAACACAGUGUAUCUGUAAUUAUUUCCCAACCAAAGUUAUUUGCGGCGACAGCUGGGGGGAACGUUUAAUCUUGGGCACCGAAGAGGGUGUGUUUAAACUCGAAGGUGGUACAAUGAGACAACUUUUUGAUAAGACUGUUGAUGUGAAACAACUGUUUGUUGACGAGGAACAUGGUUUGUUGGUCCUUCGAGCAGACAAAGGUCGUGAUGGCAAAGUGUGCGUGUUCGCAUUGUCAGAUUUUGAAGAACUGGGCAGUGAUCAGUCAAAGACCAAGUUAGAUUGCAAAGAACAUAAGCUGGAGAAGGCAAAAGGUUCACAUCUACUCGCAGUUAGUGACAAUAUUGGUUGCAGAUCCUUUGCUGUGGCUGCGAACAAGAAGAUCCAACUAUAUCAGUGGCAUAAUGGCGAAGGACGGAAUAUCCAGAGAGUGGUCAACUACUUUGAACUUGUUAAAGAAGUUGUUAUCACCGAAUCGCCUUCAUUGCUGACCCUGGUGGAUUGUGGUAGCAAAGGCUAUACCAUGUGUGUUGGAUACAGGAGUCAAUUUGAUUUGAUCGAUUGUGGUUCUGGGAAAAUUACGAAACUUCACGAAAUUGAUGGGGCGUCCCCAAAGAAUAAGCCAAAUCUUUUACCAGCCAUUGACGUUUAUGAAGAAAAUGGUCCCUCAUUGCUUUUGUCCUACAAUCAUACGUCCUUUGCUAAACUUCUCAAUGGCGAGAAUGUAUCCAGUUUUAAUUUCCAAUGGAAUGCCACGCCACAAAGUAUUGUCUACGUAUUUCCAUACAUUUUGGCAUUCACGCGUAACACGAUUGAGAUUCGCUUGGUUGUCAAUGGUACAUUGGUUCACACACUAGUUUUGCCGAAAGUUCAUCUCAUCUCUGCAAAGGAUGACAUAUACUUCGCUUCAUCCCAGCUCACAAUUUCCGAAGACCAAUCAUCAGACUUCAAACGGAGACACACGAACGUCAAAUACAGAAACACACAACAAACACACGCCGCGACUACGUCAGAUCAACAAAUACGAAUUUAUAAAAUGUCGUUAAACUCUAUUCAAAAACUGAGCCUCGAUCGCUCGUCCCAAGCGCGACUACCAAAUGUAAGGACACCUUUAAGUCCAUUUAGUGAAGUCUCGUUCGAUUUUCCCAAUCCAUCCUCGGACAACGGCAGUGAUUCGAGUUUCGAGGAGAUUCCACACGUAAGCCGCCAAUCAAAGGCGAGCGUUUCUACUCAUAAUCUAAGUAGACCAUUUUCCUGGGCCGUCUUGGACGAUACGUCAAGUAAACUCGAUAAUGAAUUCAGGGAACUGAUAGAAUGUCACCAGGGCGAAAUCAAUUGUAUAUAGGUUUCUAAAAUAUGUAUAGUUUUAUAGGUGUGGUCGAUUGACUAGUCGCGUCACUUACAUACAGGGGCGCUGUAAGGUGUGGUUUUACCUUCUCCUAAACUUUCUAUACUGCUAGCAAUUGACCAAAAACCAACCAAGUUCUAUAGAACAUAUCCUUCUCACACAGUCUCAAAGGUCUUCAACAAAAUUUGAUCGAAACUUCGAAACGUUUAUUAAAUCGACCAUUCCUAUAUUACAACAAUUCAAAAUUUGCACAUUCUACGAAUGGCAGCACGUAGAGGCAUGAACACGUUUGGGUAAUAAUAUAAUAAUUAUGAUAAUUUAUAUUACCUUUCGACAAAGGAAAUAAGUAGAGGUUAUUUUUGAAAGAUGUUACUGGCUACGGUCUAUAUUUGUUUUAAGGAAUAAUGGUAUAGAGCUCAAUUUUACUUUGUAAAUAUGAAGACAAAGAUUAUUGUAUAGUAAUCACAUGGGAUGUGUAUUUCUAUUGUGUACAAAUAGUAAAUUCCAACAUGAAAAGGAAACUGCAGACAAAAUUGUGACUUUUUUUUUAUACAUAAACAAGACGCCCUGUAGGCGUUAACUCGGGGUAUGUAGCCGGUAAAUACACUGCACUGAAACUGAGCUAUAUUGAUACACUGUAAAUACGCGACUGUCCGCGCGGAAAACUAAGCCUGCGACACGAAAAAAAAAAUAAUCGCGAAACCUAGACUCGGCUACCUCAG